AUCACAAUAAUAGCAGACGAUAUGACGUGAAAAAAGCCGACUUGUCGAAAUAAGAAAUUCCACGUUGUUCCCAAAACAAGUAAUGGCUGGAAAAGGAUUACUUUUAAAGUGUAAUUUGCUGGGAUACCGCUUUCAGAACCUUCAAAGACUAUGUCUCCGAACAUUUCUAUCGGAUGCCUACCAAUGUGAUGCUGAAUGGAAGGGAAGAUUGAAUAAUCCAUUACUAGAAAAACUAAAAAAUGAAAAUUUUUAUGGAGAGUUAAUGAAAAAAUUCCAGAAGGAAAGCAAAGCCAGUGCGAUUGAUGUUGAUUUGUUCUCCACUUUUGUCUUGAAUGAGCUGCAUCUAGAUGAUUUGGAAGCUAUUACUCAGAAAUUUCGAAGAUGCCCAAACACUAUUCAUGCCCUUCCCUCUACUGGUCAUUCAGUUAUUAGAACAUUCUUGGAAUUCAAGCAUACUGACUCUUUGCUGAGAAUGGUUGAUGAUCGUCUCAACUAUGGACUGUUUCUAGAUUAUUAUUUGAGUAAUUUGUUGAUGGAUUCGUUUCUCAAGCAGGGAAACUUCCGCGAUGCUGCCAAGGUUGCAAUUCAGCUGAUGCUUCAAGAAGAGUUUGACCAUCCAAUUACUAGUCAUCUGGCAUUGUAUUCAUGUUAUUGCUAUCUCAACAAUCCACAGCCAGACCCUUGGGAUCCACAACCUAAACCCAAACCUGUGGAACCUGUGGAAGAUGUCAAAGUUCGAGUUGACUACAUUCGUGAGCCAUUCUUUGACGAUCAUUUUGAUCUUACCCAACCUCACCAUCUUAUUGGCAAGACUCUCGUUGGAUUCGGAAAACACUUCCUUCGUCAGUCGCCUGAUUCUGUGGCUUAUACUUCCAUUCUAUUGGGAUGGACUUUGUUUGAGAAACAUGACAAGAUUAUCCAAACUUUAGAUACGAUACUGGGAUCAUCCUCUAAGCCGCAGCUAUUAAAGGAAGAGCUAGAGCUAUGCAAAAAGACAGUGCAGGAAUCCACAAACUUACCCGAAAAUUUUUUGGAAAACUUCAAUAACCGAGUGAAUCAACUGGAAACUGAAGGUUUUGUCGUUCCUGGUAAUGUGAACGAUAUUUUGAAACAGCGAAUCAAGGACGCUGUCAGCAAGCAUGAAAACGAGGAUAUUCAACGUCAAAAAGAACAAUACCAACUCUGGGAACAGCAGAGAGAACAAGAAAUCGAAAGACAAACCCAAGCUAUUGAACACCGAAAACGGCUGGCCAUUCUGGAAGCUAAGAAAAAGGAAUUGCAAGAGAAAGAAGAGCAGCUUUACUUCUUCGAUAACUUGGAUGAGUGGGAGUUGCGACACGAGGAAAAAAUAUUGCAAAAGGAAAUGCUUAUUAAACAACAAGAGGGAAGAGGUAAAAGGAUCAGUUCCAAAUUGCUGCGACAGGCCGAAGAAGACGCAUACUUUCCACCAGAAAUUACACCGAAUAUGAGGCAAAAGUAGGACCCUUUCGAUCUUAAUCUUCCCUCAUUUUGUAUUUGAAUAUUUAGUCAUUGAUUGAAAUAACAGUUCAGUCUGAUAAAUAAAGAUCCAUGUCUUUUGA